AUGGAAACAUAUUCGGAUCAGCGGUUAUCGGUAGUAGUGGUUGGCAUGGGCCAGAUGGGCCACAGCCAUGCCCUGGCGUACCACCGUAACCCAGGUUUUCAGAUUAUUGGUCUCUAUAAUCGCAGUCCAGUCAAGAACCUACCGGAUGAACUUAAGGAAUAUCCUUUCUUAUCUAGCUUCGAGGAGGCCCUCACACUGAAGCCCAAUAUUGUGUCAAUCAACACGCACACGGCAACUCAUGCUGAUUAUGCCGUGGCAGCGAUGGAGUCUGGGGCCCAUGUCUUUGUAGAGAAACCUCUAGCAACAACAGUCGAAGAUGCAGAACGUGUGGUGAGCACAGCGCGGAAAACAAAUCGCAAGUUGGUCAUCGGCUAUAUCCUCCGGCAUCAUCCUAGCUGGAUCGAAUUCAUCCACCGCGCUCGACAGCUCGGCCCACCGUUUGUCAUGCGGAUGAACCUGAAUCAGCGCUCUAGUGGUGACGCGUGGGCCAUUCAUAAACGUCUCAUCCAGGAUGUGAAAAACCCAAUCGUGGACUGCGGCGUGCAUUAUGUGGAUGUGAUGUUGCAAAUUGCUGACAGCAAGCCAGUCCAAGUGCGUGGCAUGGGCCUUCGUCUCUGCGAUGAUCUUCCGUCAGCUGGACAGGUCAACUAUGGUCAUCUUCAGGUGUUAUUUGCCAAUGGAUCGGUGGGGUGGUAUGAAGCCGGAUGGGGUCCAAUGAUAUCGGAGACAGCGUACUUCGUGAAAGAUGUGAUGGGCCCCCGUGGAUCAGUUUCAAUUGUGAUGGAUGAGGCAGAUAGCAGCGAUAGUGCUGGGGCUUCGGCCGAUAUCAACAGCCACACGAAGACAUCAAAGCUACGCUUGAGCACCGUGGUUGACGGGCGCGCUCGCGAUCAGGUCCUAUCGAUGGAGAGCGAGCCAGACCAUUAUGAACUAUGUUCUCGGGAGCAACAGUUUCUGUUGGAUGCCAUUCGCGAAGAUCGAGAUCUCACACAACAUAUGAAUGAUGCUAUUCAAUCCUUAUCAAUUGUGCUUGCAGCAGAUCGCUCAAUGCGUGAAAACCGUGCAAUUGACCUUGUCUAG